GGCGUUUCAAUGCGCCUGCGCGGGGGCUACUGCCACAGUCUUCUGGGGAGGUUGGAGAUGGCGGCUGCUGAAGGGUCUUCUUCUCAGCCGGCGGCUUCAGAACAGCCGGCGGAGCUGCCUGCUUCAGUGCGGGCGAACAUAGAGCGUAAGCGGCAGCGGGCGCUGAUGUUGCGCCAGGCCCGGCUGGCGGCCCGGCCUUACCCAGCGACGACGGCUGCGGCUACCGGAGGCGUGGCUAAUGUAAAAGCAGCCCCAAAGAUAAUUGACACAGGAGGAGGCUUCAUUCUGGAAGAGGAGGUAGAAGAAGAACAUGCAAUUGGAAAAGUUGUUCAUCAACCAGGACCUGUUAUGGAAUUUGAUUAUGUAAUAUGUGAAGAAUGUGGUAAAGAAUUUAUGGAUUCUUAUCUUAUGAACCACUUUGAUUUGGCAACUUGUGAUAACUGCAGAGAUGCUGAUGAUAAACACAAGCUUAUAACUAAAACAGAAGCAAAGCAAGAAUACCUUCUGAAAGACUGUGAUUUAGAAAAAAGAGAACCAGCUCUUAAAUUUAUUGUGAAGAAGAAUCCUCAUCAUUCGCAAUGGGGUGAUAUGAAACUCUACUUAAAAUUACAGAUUGUAAAGAGGUCUCUUGAAGUUUGGGGUAGUCAGGAAGCAUUAGAAGAAGCGAAGGCAAUUCGACAGAAAAACCGAGAAAAAAUGAAACAGAAGAAGUUUGAUAAAAAAGUAAAAGAAUUACGGCGAGCAGUAAGAAGCAGUGUGUGGAAAAGGGAAACAGUUGCUCAUCAACAUGUGUAUGGACCAGAAGAAAACCUGGAGGAUGACAUGUACCGGAAGACUUGUACUGUGUGUGGCCAUGAAUUGACAUAUGAGAAAAUGUGAUUUUUAGUUAAGUGAUCCCAUUUUACAGUGUUUUAUAUUUAAAUAAAUGAAAUUUAGACUGAUCCUGUUCAGGAUUCACCAAAAUGUAAAGUCUUCAUGAUGGAUAAAACAUUUGUGUAAAUAAUACUUCAAUGAUUAUGUACAUUAUGGCUUGAGGGCAGGUUUCAGUUAAAGUCCAGCUGGUCUGGUGUGGGCAAAAUAUAUAUAUUCUUUACAAUAGGGAUGGGAGCUGAGGGAUGGAAGUGUUAGUUAACAACUAAAAUUGAGAAAUAAGCUACCAAGGCAAACCCUAGUUGGAGGAGGAAGAGCUUUUAGUAUAGAGGCAGAAGCUGGCUGAGCUGGAUGCCUGUCCCCAGAGACACCAGGGACGGUGGUAGGUCACCGCAACCAGAGGCUGGCCAGGUCUUCUAGACUGUUUCUACCUCCGUGUCAGGGAGCAGGAGCUGUUGCUGGGACGGGUUUACUUAGGGUUUACUACUAUAGACCUUAAUAUUAGUGUCUAGAUAGCCCUUUUCAAACCUAGAUUAAAAUGGAAAAACAACUAUAUUGUUUGUUGAUCAAAGGUGCUGAUAAUAAGUUUAGCAUAACUUGUUAACAUUUACCGAGCCCUUGCCAUGUGCUAUGUAGGCACUAUGCUAAGUGCCUUACAGGUAUUCUCUUUUAAUUCUGGGAGGGAAGACAGCUUGCUUCUGGAUCAAGUUUAGGUAGUUGGAUAUGGCCCAGCUUGUCAAAAGGAUUACAAGGUAGUUAUAUCGAGUAAGAGGAUUUGAUCCCCUGUGCUUGAUUAUAAGGUUUCUGCAUUUUUUUUUUUUUGAUAAAAACAAAAUCAAGUUAAGAUAAACUAGGUGUUUUCAAGUUGUUCUUCGACAGGAAGGACUUUUUAUCCUAUUGCUACAAAUAAAUGAAUGGGAAGUUUUUAUACAUUUUAAUUUUUCUCUUUAGAUAGCUCUUGGAGAUUAUGCUUAAGGGCAAAAGUCAAAACAAGUCAAACCCAAAUAGGCUUGAGACUGUUACUAAUUGUUUUCUAUAUAAGUAUUCAAUACAGCAAUCUUUACUAUA